UUAGGGGCCCUUCUGUUUAUGGCGACGCUUUGUUUACAUCGAGCUUGUCUGCCCUGCCGAAUUCAACCACACCGACCAUCGAAUGUACUCUAUACACCAACCCGCCAACCAGUACACCAACCAACGUCUACGAGGAAAAUUGUCAGGAGCGGACUGCAUCUGAGAUGCUCUAACACCUGACCUGUAUAUCUUUACACGUUGUAUUGUCUCAUGUUUUAGCAAACGAACAGCUGCAUUGGCACCGAUUACCUCGAUUUACACGCUUGCAAUCGCUCGACAAGGGUAUAGAAGCUUGCCCACUGCUCGACGAAGGGCACAUUGCCCAAGCUAGAAAGCUCUUUUUACUAUACACACAGGGCCUCAUCUACACACAAACGGUCCUAUGGCAGGUAUGCCACGGCCGACAUCUGUCGCGCCUUCAAGGAAGAACAGUAUGCGCCCACCACGUCCUCGCCCAUCCACAGCUAGGGCAAACUCAGUACGACCAGCCAGCCGAAUGGACCGAAACGGUGCAAUCUCGCCAGCGGACUCGAUAGCUUCUGCAGCUACGACAGGAACAAAGAGGAAGGAGAGGGACUUCGAACGCGAUGGCCCGGAGGAGACAAACAUAAAUGUCGUUGUGAGGUGUCGAGGGCGCAAUGACCGCGAGGUCCGAGAAAACAGCGGAGUUGUUUUGACAACAGAUGGUGUCCGCGGGAACAGCAUCGACCUUUUGAUGGGACCAAGCGCGUUGAGCAACAAGACGUACCACUUCGACAAGGUCUUUUCCCCGGCCGCUGACCAGGCGAUGAUAUACGACGAUGUCGUGACGCCGAUAUUGGAUGAGAUGAUCGCGGGCUUCAACUGCACCAUUUUCGCGUAUGGCCAGACGGGGACAGGGAAGACUUAUACGAUGUCGGGAGAUAUGGACGAUACCCUGGGCAUGUUGUCGGACGCGGCUGGUAUUAUUCCUCGGGCUCUCUACGCGCUUUUCAACAAGCUCGAGAUUGAUGAUGCGGAGAGCUCUGUGAAGUGCUCAUUCAUCGAACUUUACAACGAAGAGCUUCGCGACCUUAUCUCCGCCGACGAAACCAGCAAACUUAAGAUUUACGAGGAUGCUGGCAAGAAGGGACACGCGGCGACUUUCGUCCAGGGUAUGGAGGAGGCACACAUCAAGAGCGCGGUGGAGGGGGUGAAAUUGCUCCAGAAUGGGAGUCACAAGCGUCAAGUGGCAGCCACCAAGUGCAACGACCUCAGUAGUAGAAGUCAUACGGUGUUCACGGUCACCGCGUAUGUCAAGCGCACGGGCGAGAACGGCGAGGACUACAUCAGCGCCGGAAAGCUCAACCUGGUGGAUCUGGCAGGUAGCGAAAACAUUCAGCGAAGUGGCGCUGAGAACAAACGCGCAGCCGAAGCGGGUCUUAUUAACAAGAGUCUGUUAACACUUGGGCGAGUUAUCAAUGCAUUGGUCGAUAAGAGCUCUCAUAUCCCAUAUCGCGAAUCGAAACUCACGAGACUGCUGCAAGAUUCGCUUGGAGGACGGACCAAGACUUGCAUUAUUGCGACUGUCUCCCCAGCUAAGAGCAACCUCGAGGAGACAAUAUCCACUCUGGACUAUGCCUUCCGCGCGAAGAACAUCCGGAAUAAACCACAAGUCAACCCGAAGAUAGACAAGAAGACUCUGCUCAAGGAGUUCACCAGCGAGAUCGAAAAAUUAAAGAGCGAGCUGAUUGCCACACGGCAGCGAAAUGGAGUUUAUAUGACGAACGAAAGCUUUGAAGAAAUGACGGUGGAGAGAGAGUCGAGGAGGAUAUUAAGUGAAGAACUCAGCGCGAAGAUUGAGACGAUGGAAAUCAACCUCCGGAAUAAGGUCCAGGAUCUACAUUCACUGACCGCCAACUUUAUGAACCUCAAGAGGGAGAAUGAAGGCACGCGAGCAACGUUAGACGAGACGAAAGACGUACUUGAGCAAACCGAAACCGUUCUUACCCAAACCCGCCAGCUUCUAUCCGAGGAAGAAAUGCUAAGGAAAGCGCAUGAGCGCACCGAGGAGGAAUUGGCAGAAGUCGGCUCGACGUUGAUAUCUACUUUGGAGAAGACCGUCACCGAUGUCGGCAGCCUUCACUCGAAAAUCCGCAGGAAGUCCAACCUCCAAUCGAUAAAUAGAAGCACUUGGGGUCUCUCGCAGACCCAAGUUUCCGAUGUGACAAGCCUGGUCGAAUCUCGUGUUGAAGAAUUUAGAGCGCAGCAGGAGGAGCUCAUGGCAAGUGUUUCCACCAGGAUGCAGUCGUUUGUUCAGGAGGAGCUGGAGAAGCUUGGGGCUACGCAAGCAUUUCUUAGUGAGAAUGUGGCUUUAUUCGAAGCAUCGCGGGGAGAGGUUUCUCAGCAGACCAGCCAGGCAAAGGAUAAGAUGGAUGAGGUUCUUGAGGAAAUCAAGGUCUUACGGGAAGUUGUUAAAUCCCGCGUCGGGGAGGGAUUGCAGGGCCUCUCUGGUGCUGCUGAACGCAUUUCUGGCGAGGUGUUGAGUGAACUUGACACCUUCCAUUCCCAGCUCCAUACGUCUUAUAGCUCACUUGGUCGCGACUUCAAGGGCAUGUUUGAAGAUCUUAUCAAGCACGUUAACUCGCAGAAAGCCGAAGCCGAUGACCUUCGAAAUCAACUCAAUGCAGCUAGCGAAGCUUUGGUGGAGUCAAACUCUGCGGCAACAUCCCAGCUGGAACGCGUGAUUGUUGAGGAGCGUGAGCAAGCUGCUACAGAUCGCGAGAACCUCCUCCGACAGAUCACCACUCUUGUUAUGUCUCAGGGUGAGAGGCAAGAUGCUAGAGUUGAAGCUAAAGUCACUGCGGUUAAGGAAAGUAUCAAGAGCUCUGAGGCUACAUUUGAGGCAUCUAGGUCUGCGUAUAACCAGAGUAUGGAUGCAUGGAACGAGAAGGAGCAGAAGCUUGUGGAAGAAGUUCACCUGUCUCGCGAAAACUUGAAGACAAAGCUGAAGGAAGAUUGGAUAACCGCCAACAAGCACAAUGCAUCCAUCCAAUCGACAACAAAAUCUGUCCAUGAGGAGACUAUCCGUAUUGUGGACGAGCAAAUGAAGGAUAUUGCCAUUCACAUGGAGGCUCUGGACGACUUCGUCAGCCGCGCACGAACACAGAAUGCCGAGCACCACGAUAGCCAUGCGCAGUCUCUGAAGGACCUUUCAUCGACUGUUAGCGAUUCUUACAGCAAUAUUGGAACUCACUUUACGUCCUCAUAUGACAGGGUGAAGGACCUGGGCGAAGAGAUGGCAACCAAGACGACCACAUUACAAGAUGCUUUAUCACCACUCGAUACGACAUUACGCCAGCCUCUUGCAGAAUUACGCUCAAACAUCGUCAGCACUCUUCUCCAGGAAUACGUCCCUACAGGCAACACUCCACUCAAGCAGCAAUAUCAGUUCCCAACAACGUUGCCUCGCACAGAGCCGCAUGAGAAGCUGUUAGAAAAUGUCCGACAACCGGCUGUCUCCACUACUCCGUUGGUGUCGCCCACCAAAUACAUCCCAGUGAUCUUCAACGACGUGGCUACACCAGCCAAAGAAGAAGAGGUAUCUCCUCCUUCCAAUCCCACAUCGGAGACGGCGCCAACUCUCGGACUUAGGGAAAUCGAUCUCAAUAUACACGCCGGGUCGCUAGGCUCCGUACCCCUCAGUACCGACACAGCCUCCAGCAAUGAUGCCGAGGCACGACCCGCAUUCAAACGCAGCAUGACUGCUAGUGGAAUGAGGCUUCCGCAGAAAUCGGCCAAGAGGGCAACGGUUGUGCCACUUGAGGGGAGGGAGAAUAAUAUAAUCCCCGUUGCUGCGUUCUCACAAAGCACUGGGAGGAGGAGGAGCCCGAGAAUUGGGGGAGGGUUAUCAUAGAUAUUUACUGUGGGGGGAGGUGUUUAGGGAUUGAUUGAUGGCCUUGGUUUGCUUUUGAGCACUGGCGGCUGGCUACUUUAUCGGCGCAACGGCCUUGGGGACGGAGGGAUAGUGUGGUGUUUGUCUUUCUGUUGUCAAGGUUUAUGGUGAUACCUGGGUUCAGUAUCGUUCUGGGACCCUUCUGUUUGAAGUAAUACUUGAAAGGGGCUUGGGUCUCCCUCGGUUCUGUAUGAAGUUGGUCGAGAAUAAAAUUUCAAUUAUGCAUUUAGAUCGGUAUGAAUACUGUGCUUUACUAUGCG